CCCACUGCCCCUCCCCCUCUGCAGAAUGUCUGGGGUCCUGUGUUCCAAACCUAUUUAAAUUCAAAUUUUCCCUGCUCCACUUGGACUCAGGAGCAUCUGUUGAGCCAGGUCACUCUCUUGGUCCUACCCUUGACUUUUCUCACUGCGGAAACUGCCAGACAGCGGUGGUCAGUGCCCAGCCUGAGGGGAUGGCUUCAAAUGGAGCAUACCCAGUGCUGGGACCGGCCGUGACCGUGAACCCUGGCACCUCCCUGUCUGUGUUCACGGCUCUGCCCUUCGCCACACCUGCUCCCGGCCCAGCACACGGGCCACCCCUCAUGACUGCAGGGGUUCCUACAGGCGGCCCACUGGUGCUGUCUGCCUUGCCCAGCACAUCUCUGGUGGCAGGACAGGAUGGCCACGGCCCAAGUGGGGCCGCGGCUUCCAACGUCUUUGUCCAGAUGAGGACAGAGGUGGGGCCUGUGAAGGCCCCUCAGGUGCAGACCUUGGUCCUAACUCAGGCCCCCCUCGUCUGGCAGGCUCCAGGCACCCUCUGCGGAGGUGUCGUGUGUCCGCCUCCCCUACUGCUGGCAGCUGCUCCUGUGGUGCCUGUUAUGGCUGCCCAGGUGGUUGGGGGCACCCAGGCCUGUGAGGGAGGCUGGUCCCAGGGCCUUCCUCUUCCACCAGCACCACCACCGGCUGCCCAGAUGCCCCCCAUCGUGUCUUCAGGGAAUGCUGGGCCAUGGCCACAAGGGGCUCAUGGAGAGAGCAGCCUGGCUUCCUCCCAGGCUAAGUCCCCACCAGACAACUCCUGCAACCCCAAGAGUGUCUAUGAGAACUUCCGACUCUGGCAGCACUACAAGCCCCUGGCCCGGAGGCACCUUCCCCAGAGUCCUGACACCGAAGCACUUUCCUGCUUCCUCAUCCCAGUUCUCCGAUCCCUGGGCCGGCGGAAGCCCACCAUGACCCUGGAGGAGGGACUGUGGCGAGCCGUGCGGGAAUGGCAGCACACAAGCAACUUUGACCGGAUGAUCUUCUACGAGAUGGCGGAAAAGUGA